AUGCCACCCAAGGAAAAAGAAGACAUGAUAUUGCUGGACCGUCAGGUCAGUUCUAUGAGCAGUGUGACAUUGUCCACCGACCUCAGUGCCAGCACAAGAUCGUCAUUCCAAGAACCUGUCAUCCGUGGUAGCACAACUUCUUCCACGGGGGUCAGUUGGGCGGCCAUACAGAACCUCGGGAUAAGCCUGGGAAUCUACGUACUGGGUAUUUACUACAAGGAAUUGCUGGUGCCUCCCCAUGACGAAGUGUACACUCGAGAACAUCCCUACCAGCAGCUGAGCAGUGGAGAUACCAUUGUGAAUUUUGAACUGAAUCACCCACUGGUCUAUCCUGCAGCCGUCCCUUCCAAGCUUUUGUUCCGGACCUGCAUCUCUUUGCCUGUGGUUAUCAUGAUUCUGACCCAUACAUUCUACAAGUCCAGCUGGAACUGUACUCUUUCCAGUGUUUCCGGUCUGCUCACUGGCAUUAGCAUGUGCGAGAUCUUGACCCACAUGUUGAAAUAUUUUGUUCUGCGAAGACGACCCAACUUUUACUCACAUCUGUGCAUGGGAUCCUGUAUCCAGAACCUGCACGGCCGCCGCCAAGAAGGCGCCGAUUACAGUUGGUGGAGACCAUGGGCCUUAUGGACCAUUUGUCUCGUCCCUUGGAGUUGGGCUGCUUAUGUGGCCUGCAGUCGCAUUGCUGACAAAUGGCACCAUGCCAGUGAUGUUGUGGCAGGGAUCAUGUUGGGGAUUGCUUGUGCCCUUGUAUCCUAUCAUUCACUCUUUCCACAUGUCCUCUCUGAGCAAGCUGGAACUUCUCACAUUGAAUUGGCUAUUCAAAAGAAGAACCAAUAG